AUACCUCAUCGUCCAGUGUAGCCGUCGCUGCCGCCGCCGCCUUCCCGGUCGAUGAUCCCGUCGCCGAUCAUCCUGACACUUCGUCCCGUGCUCGAUCUUGGAACACAGAAGGUCUUCAGAUCUGAGGCACGCAUAUGCUGGUUUUAUGUCUUUAGAUGUGGCUAGAUCUGGUGUUAUCUUAACCUGUAUAUUCUCGACACAGGAGGAAUUUUUUGAUAACUGCAAUUAUACUUGCAAGUCAGAUAGAGAUUUUGGCAUUUGGAUGGCCUCUGAGACACUUUGUACAAGUUUAAAAGGGAAAAAGAUUUGUGGCAAGAAUAAAGUUCACAAUGAAAUUCAUUCAAGGGAAUGUCAAAAUUGCUCUUAUGAGUCCCAUGGUAAAUUCCCUUCUCAGAGUGUUAAUGGCUCUACAAAUUUGAGCGAAUCCUUUCAUAAAGGGAGUGAUCAUAAUCAUGGUUCAUUAAUUGCUAAGUCUAAUCAAUUACAUCUUCCCUCUGAAACUCCAAUGCAUAGACCAAUAUCUGAAGUGAGAACUGUUACCAAUACUUCUGAAAAAGCUUGUCUGAACGAGGAACAUGAUUAUUGUGAUGCAUACUGUUCUGGACACCUGCAACAGUGUAUGAAACAUGAAAAGAACAGUACAUUAGAAGAGCUGUACUUGCAAGAAGAGUAUGAUGAGGAUGAGGAUGAUAGUGAUUGGGAGCCUGUCAGUCCUUUUCUCAUCAGAAAGUGGUUUUGUACCAAUUGCACAAUGCCAAACUUUGAUGAUGUUUGCCAUUGUGAGGUAUGUGGGGAGGAUAGAGAAUGCGAGUUGCUUAGGCUUGGUCCUUCUGCACCUCCUGUACAGCAAGAAAGUAAGCUGGCCAUUAACUCUGGUGGAAGUAAUAGCCACCAAGAUUUGAGCUCAAAAUCAAGAACGGCUAUUGGGUUUGAUGAGAGAAUGUUGCUCCAUUCAGAGGUUGAGAUGAAGUCACACCCUCACCCAGAAAGACCUGAUCGUCUUAAAGCAAUUGCAUCUGACCUUGCUGCAGCAGGGAUAUUUCCAGGCCAAUGCUAUGCAAUACCAGCUAGAGAAAUAACAAAAGAAGAACUUUUACAGGUUCACACUUUGGAUCACAUUGAAGCAGUUCAACAUACAUGUCAUAUGCUUGCAAGUUACUUUACUUCGGACACUUACGCCAACAAGCAUUCAGCAUGUGCUGCUAGGCUUGCAGCAGGAUUAUGUGCAGACCUUGCUUGCACAAUAUUGUCUGGUGGUUCCAAGAAUGGUUUUGCUUUAGUUAGACCACCUGGGCAUCAUGCAGGUGUUUCACAAGCAAUGGGCUUUUGCCUCCAUAAUAAUGCUGCAGUUGCAGCAUUAGCUGCUCAGCGUGCUGGCGCUAAGAAAAUCUUGAUUGUUGAUUGGGAUGUGCAUCAUGGAAAUGGUACACAAGAGAUAUUUGAUGACAACAAAUCGGUUUUGUACAUAUCACUGCAUAGGCAUGAAAAUGGCAGGUUCUAUCCUGGAACUGGAGCAGUUGAUGAGGUUGGCAGUAUGGAUGGUGAAGGAUUUUCUGUAAACAUACCGUGGAAUUGUGGAGGCGUGGGAGAUAAUGAUUACAUUUUUGCAUUUCAGCAUGUUGUGAUUCCAAUAGCUCUUCAAUUUGCACCCGAUAUUACAAUUGUUUCAGCAGGCUUUGAUGCAGCGCGCGGUGAUCCUCUUGGCUGUUGCGAUGUGACUCCUGCUGGAUAUGCUCAGAUGACACACAUGCUAAGUAGCCUCUCUCAAGGGAAAUUGUUGGUCAUCCUUGAAGGAGGCUACAAUCUUCGUUCAAUAUCUUCGUCGGCUACAGCAGUGGUCAAGGUGUUACUUGGUGAAAAUCCUAGCAGUCAGAUUGACAAUAUACCAUCGAAAGCAGGUUUACAAACCAUUCUGCAAGUAAUGCAAAUUCAGAUGAAGUACUGGCCAAUUUUGAAACCAAACUUUAUGAUGCUUCAAUCGCAAUGGAGUACCGUUACUUCUACUAUCAGAGAUCAGAUUAAAAGGCGGCAACAUCCAUUGGGUCCAGUAUGGUGGAAAUGGAGAAGCAAGAAGUUCAUAUACAAACACCUCUAUGGCCAGCCAUAUCCCAGGAGGCAUCUAUCGUUCAGAGGACUUGGUUGAUUCUGCAAGCCAAGCCAAGCCAAGCCAAGCUUGCAAACCUUUUGCGAUGGCUGAGAAUUCAAUCUAUUGACUAGCCGCGGAUUAAUCUGCCCAGUUUUGCCUUUUAUUUUGCUCAUUGAUGUUUAGCCAUGAGCUAUAUGCCACAAACAUACCGAGUCCAGAUCGAUGCAACUGUGUUUGGGGUGUAGCCUGUUUUAUUUUUGCAAGUAUGGUCGUGCUUAUUCCUUCGUUAGAAGAUCUCUACACCCAGCUUACGAGUUUAUAAAGAACAAGUUGGAGAUUA